AUGGGCAACACCAUCUCAUACCAAGAAACGCCAAUCGAGCUCGGAUUGGGCGACCGGGGAACGAUCCGCGGCCUCCAGUUCGACAAUAAGUCCAGGCGCUUCACUGGUGUUCCCUACGCACUGCCACCGACUGGCGAGCACCGAUGGCGCAAGCCGCGACCAUUACCCGCAUCAUACUCAUACACCGACGAUAAUGGAGGAGCAUACGACGCAACCAAGUUCAAGUCCGUAUGCCCUCAGAAGGCGUUCCAUGUAGUCAAGCCUGACGGUGGUGGAAACACCUAUGGCGAAGAUUGCUUGUUUGUCAACAUCUGGACCCCGGUUCCCAAAGAAGGCGAAGAAAACAAGAAAUGGCCGGUGCAGCUUUGGAUUCACGGCGGGUGGUUCCAGAUGGGUGAUCCGUCGCAGGAGCCGGGUAUGGAUGCAACAGAGCUGAUUACUACGGGUGGCCUCAACGCCAUUGUCGUCGCUAUCGGGUAUCGACUCAACGUGUUUGGGUUCCUUGCUGGAAACGACCUUUUGCAAGAGAGCAUCGGUGAAGCGGGCGGUAACUUCGGUCUUUGGGACCAACGAGUGGCCGCGGAGUGGGUGAGAGACAACAUUGCUCAUUUCGGAGGAGAUCCGGGGAACGUGACGCUUGCCGGCCGGAGUGCUGGGGCAUACAGCGCCGAAGCUCAGAUGCUCUACGACUUCCGGAAGACGGGAAGUGUCUCUUCACUAUAUCAACGCAUCUUCAUGGACUCAAACGCGAUUCCGGCCCAGCCAAAAUCUCUUGCCGAUGUCCAAGGCCAAUUCGACGAGCUUUGCGACUACUUUAGGAUUGACGCCUCAGUGUCAGGAGCGGAGAAGCUCUCUAUUCUUCGGGGAAAGACUGUGGAAGAGCUUUUGGAGGCUAUUCCCCAACUGAAAAACCACACCUUCCGGCCCGUCACCGAUGAUGUCUUCAUACACACGGGUAUGAUUGAGUACCUCCAGGGCAAGGACUUCGCAGAUGAGUUCAAGCGAAGAGGGUACAAAUUACUCAUCGGCGAGGUUCGCAACGAAGAAACUCUUUACUCUUCAUAUAACGCACCCACUGAGCCCACGCUGGAAGCCCUGCGCUUACAGGUCUCAAACUACUACGCUCCAGACGUUACAGAUCGCGCGAUCCAACAGUACAAGCUGCCAGAAUCAGACAAGUUGCGAGACUGGCAAACAACAUUCGGAUCAAUCGUUUCGGACGGACAAGUGCGGGCACCGUCCAGGGCACUUGCGAAAGCGCUAGUUGACAACGGCGUCGAUAUUCGAGACGUGUGGCGAUACCAGAUCGCCUACAGGCUGUCCUUCAUCAACGAGAAGGUAGCUCCCGCUUCCUUCGGGGUGGCGCAUGCCAUGGACAGGCCCAUCUGGAACUUUUCAAUCACCCAUGGUCCGACCCCCACCGAAAGGCAAUUGAUGCAAGGCUGGAUUCAAAUCUUGGUCAACUUUGUGAACAACACUGAGGGCUACGAGUACGGGACGAAGAGUGUUGAGGAGAUGAAGCUCGUCGUAUUAGGGCUGACGGACAUGGGUUCGGAUCCUAAUGCUUACUUUUAUCCCAACCCGACACCACCUGAAUUCUGCCAUCGCACAUUUGAAACUUCAAUUUUCAUUUCGCGUCAUUCAGAACUUAAGUCGCAAGAGCAACUCACACCUGUGAUGCUUCAUUCACUACGAUGGUCGGCCUGGGGUCCAGAAUACUGGGCCCUCGUCGGCGGCAUCAUCUCCUUCACCGCAAUGGUGGUCCUCCUUGCCCGCUUUGACGGAAAGCCAAUCUUCACAUGGAAUGGAGUGACACUCAACACAGUAGUAUCGAUCUUGUCGGUAACGAUGAAGGCCGCUGUCGCAUUCGUCCUCUCAGAAUGUCUAGCGCAGUGGAAAUGGAUCCUCUUCACCCGCGAAGACCGGCCGCUCAUGGACUUCGACCGUAUCGACGCCGCCACCCGCGGCCCUCUUGGAAGCUUGCGGAUCAUUUUUCGAACGCGAGGCGCUCACGCCGUUCAACUUGGUGCUAUCCUGACGCUGCUUGCCGUCGCUCUCGAUCCCCUCGCCCAGCAGGUUAUCCAAGUUCGAGAGGGCGUUGUCUAUACGCGAAGCACUCAGACGGACAAGGGACCGCUUGCGCUAAACUCCGGCACCCAGACCUACUCCAUGGGCACAGCACAGGUCACAGAAUUAUCGAGGCAAAACUCUACCACGACGCAGUACUGGGUUUCAACGGACACGCCGCUAUCCAUGCAAGGCGCAAUCUUGAAUGGGCUAUCCAAAUCACGCUGGGAAGUAGAACAGGAGGCAUUGAUCCAGUGCCCUACGAGCAACUGCACCUGGGACCAAUUCAAGAGUCUAGGGAUCUGCCACAAAUGCAACGACCUCACAUCAGAGCUCAAGCAGGUCGGGGGGUUCGGACAGGCAAUCAUUGCGUUGGCAAACACCACAUUAGCUGGCUAUGAAGUCCCCGGAACAGCAUUCGUCCUUCCAAACGGUCACUUCAUUGCCAACAUCGAUGGCUGCCCACCAUACAACGGGCGUUACGCAGAAUGCGAAAAUAAACAGCCAUUGGGCGUCUACUCGGAUGACAAGUACACGACCACAUCGUUCGGAACCGGAAUCCCUAGCAAAACCAACUCCAUGAAGGAUGUGGAUACGCUCUUGUGGUCAAUGAGUAUCAUUCACCCAGAUAUGGAGGCGCUCAAUAAGUCGACCGGCUUCACUCCCGGCGAGUCGGACAGGGGCUCUACGACCGGACUCAAACUUUGGCCAGACAUACCGAUGCAAGCUACCGAGUGCGCGCUCUACUACUGUGUCAAGCGGAUCGAUUCAGCGGUUGAAGGCAACCAAGUCAAGGAGAACGUCACCGAAGCGCUAGAUUCGAGACGAGAUCCGGAUUCGUGGAAACGCUCCUCAGAGUACGAGGACGGCCAACCAGAAAAUAUCAUUUCCAAAGAAGCAAAUGGCACGCUGGAGUUUGACAAAUAUUGGUCUGCUGUUUACAAUACCGACCUGAGGCUUGAAUUCCCCAACAUCAGUAACGAGGGCUACUACCGAAUAUCCCAAGACUCUGUCAAGUCGAUGAGCGCGCACAUGCAGGACUUGUUCCGCACCAAUCUUUCAGGCACUCCGGAUCAGAGAGAGGAGAUCGAGAAGGUACUGGGAUCUGAUGCAGUUGGCUUCAAUGGCGCGUCGUUCGGGCCGUUUGAAGCGGAAAAGUGGUCGAUGAAGGCUACGCCGCCGGCGUUGGACGGUCUCUGGACUUGGACCAGGCACAAUAUCACCAGCACAUUUUACACCCUAGCAACAAGCAUGACCAACGAGAUGCGGAGGAACUAUGCGCCGGGUCAGAGUCUGAAAAGUGGCCAAGAUACAGAUCGUUUUCAGGACGGUUCCUUGAGUUACUACGGCAAGGUGGGCAAGUCCACAGUACUGUACCACAUCGAGUGGCCGUGGAUUGCUCUCCAUGGCGUGAUGCUUAUCUCGGCGAUCGCGUUUCUGUUCACAACACUCGGUAACUCCAAUAGUCGAGGCAACGUACCAUUGUGGAAGAGCAGCUCCUUGGCCGCCAUUAGGCAUGGGCGUGAUGUUGGUGGUGUUUUAAGUCGCACCACCACCAUGGGUGAGAUGGAAGACACUGCGAGGAAGGUCCGCGUGAACUUGCGCGGAGAAGAAAGCGAGGAAACCAAAUCUUGCAUUGACCGUACAACUGGCUCAACCCCGUCUGAACCAUAA